AAAAAGUUUCACCGAGUGCUAUUGGCUCUCCAGUCUCCAGUCAUUCCAUUUCAGUUAAUAACAAUCCCCUGGAAGAAAAUAAUAACAAUCCAACCCAGUAACUAAGCAUGUCACUCCGGCGGCGAUUCAAUCUCACCACCGUGACUCGCUCACUGUCCAGCGUGUCCUCCGGCGCCGACCCAUUUCUCAGCCACCCAUCACACAACCAUCUCUCCAGCAUUAAAUCUAAAAGUGAACUUGUUAAAUCAUACACUGUUACACCCCCUAUCAAACCCUGGCCUCAAAAUCUCUAUCCUAAACGCCUCGUUUCCAUGAUUACUUCCCAACAAAAUCUGGACCUUGCCCUCCAAAUCUUUCACCAUGCUGGUAAGUAUCAUCCCAAUUUCUUUCACAAUUACGAUACUUAUAAUGCCAUAAUUAAUAAACUUGCUCGAGCUCGAGCUUUCCAAGAGGUGGAGAUUUUACUGGGGGACUUGCUCAAGUUGAAUAUUAAGUGUGGGGAGAAUUUGUUUAUUGGUGUUAUUCGUAAUUACGGUAUUGCGAGUCGGCCUAAGCAAGCCCUUGAGAUGUUCUUGAGGAUUAAAGACUUUGGUGUCGAGACUUCGGUCAGGUCGUUUAAUACGUUGCUUAAUGCUUUGAUUCAGAAUAAACAGUAUAAGUUGGUGCAUAUGUUGUUUAAGAAUUGUAAGAAGAGGUUUAAUGUUGUUCCUAAUGUGUUCACUUGUAAUAUUUUGUUGAAGGGUUUUUGUAAAAGUGAUGAUAUUGAGGGGGCGCUUAAGGUGCUUGAUGAAAUGCCAGAGAUGGGUAUGGUUCCCAAUGUGGUGAGCUAUACCACGACAUUGGGGGGGUUUGUGUCGAGAGGGGAUAUGGAUGGUGCGAAGAAGGUGUUUGAUGAGAUUCUUGAUCGAGGGUGGAUUCCCGAUGCGACUACGUAUACGAUUUUGAUGGAUGGGUUUUGUAAGACGGGGAAGUUGAUUGAAGCGGUUAAGGUGAUGGAUGAAAUGGAGGAGAAUGGGAUUGAGCCAAAUGAUGUGACUUAUGGAGUGAUGAUUGAAGCGUUUUGUUUAAACAAGAAAUCAGGGGAAGCUGUUAAUUUGCUUCAAGAUAUGCUUGAGAAGAAGUAUGUACCUGAUUCAGUAUUGUGUUGUAAGUUGAUAGAUCUUUUGUGUGAAGAAGGGAAGGUUGAGGAUGCGUGUGAUUUGUGGAAAAAGUUGUUGAGAAAGAACGUUACACCUGAUAAUGCAAUAUCAAGUACACUUAUAUAUUGGCUUUGUCAGGACAAUAAGAUUGUGGAAGCAAAGAAGUUAUUUGAUGAGUUUGAGAAGAGCUCCUUUCCUAGUGUCUUGACGUAUAAUACACUCAUCGCAGGGAUGUGCGAGAAGGGAGAAUUGUGUGAGGCUGGGAGGUUGUGGGAUGACAUGGUGGAGAAAGGAUGCACUCCAAAUUCAUUUACUUAUAAUAUGUUAAUUAAAGGAUUUUGUAAAGUUGGUAAAGCCAAGGAUGGUAUUAGAAUACUGGAGGAAAUGUUGGACAAAGGUUGUUCGCCGAAUAGAUCCACUUACUCUAUCCUAGUUGAGGGACUUUAUGACUCGGGACAGGAAGCUGAAGUUCCUCAAAUUCUUGCUCUUGCAGCUUCAAGUGUACAAGGGAUUGAUACAGACACUUGGGAAAUUAUUAUAAGCAGGUUAUUUGCUAAUCUUGAUCAGAAGAAUGAUGUUAUUGAUAGGUUAGUUAGAUAACAGCACUGAGAUGUCUGUCACCAAAGAUUGAAGUGUAACUUUUAGAAUUAUAUACUGUUGUAAGUUGUAACUCUGAAUAAUUUUGAGAAAAAAGAGCUCACCAGUAGUUCUGGGAUGCUUGAGCAUCAUAUAAGAAGUUCCAUUUUUCUUUAUUA